AUGACUUCUGACGAAGUUGUCUGGCAAUUUAAGGAAGAGACAUUGCCUUGCAGAGAACAUUUUAGUUUGGAGAAACACUCUCCCAAAAUUAUUGUCCUCCGUGUUGCCCAGGAGCUUGGUGUUCAACUUGGCGAGGAAGUGGGUUAUGCAAUACGCUUUGAAGACAGAACUUCAGCAAGCACGCGUAUCAAAUACCUUACUGAUGGAGUUCUCCUUCGUGAAAGCUUGUCCAAUCCAGAGCUUAGUCAAUACUCCGUGAUAAUAUUGGAUGAAGCUCAUGAGAGGAGCUUGAAUACGGAUAUAUUGUUGGGUUUGAUGAAACGUUUGAUCAGGUUACGGGCAUCGAACUUAAAGGUCCUAAUCACAUCUGCCACUCUUGAUGGUGAUAAAGUCUCAAGAUUCUUCUCCAGUUGCCCCAUCCUAAAUGUCCCUGGGAAGUUAUUUCCUGUGGAAAUACUGCAUAGCUCAGAGCCGCCCAAAAGUUACUUGGAUGCUUGUCUCAAAAUGGCUAUUGAUAUACAUGUCAAGGAACCCGAAGGUGAUAUCCUGAUAUUCAUGACUGGACAGGAUGAUAUUGAGAAGCUUGUGAGAAAGUUGGAGGAGAGGAUUCAAGGCCUUGAGGAAGGAUCUUGCAUGGAUGCAAUCGUUCUUCCACUUCACGGGUCUUUGCCACCUGAAUUUUAUUGGUUACUGAAAUUUGGACUUCUAUUUUUUGUUCGUGUCUUUAGUCGUCCGCCGCCAAAUUGUCGAAGAUUUAUAGUGGCCACAAACAUUGCAGAAACUUCAUUGACUGUUGAUGGUGUUGUGUAUGUCAUUGAUUCUGGCUAUGUGAAGCAGCGGCAUUACAACCCCUCAACGGGCAUGUAUUCUCUUGAUGUUGUGCAGAUUAGCAAGGUGCAGGCCAAUCAACGUGCUGGACGAGCUGGAAGAACACGCCCAGGAAAAUGCUUUCGCUUAUAUCCUUCAAUUGUUUAUCAGGAUGAUUUCUUGGAUGUUACAAUUCCUGAAAUACAAAGAUCAUCUCUUGCGGGAAGUGUUCUUUAUUUGAAGUCGCUGGACCUGCCUGAUAUUGAUAUCCUGAAGUUUGAUUUCCUUGACCCUCCCUCAUCUGAGUCUUUAGAAGAUGCUCUGAAGCAACUCUUUCUCAUUGAUGCUAUUGAUGAACACGGUUCAAUUACGAGUCUUGGGCGAACAAUGGCUGAGCUUCCUUUGGAGCCCUCUCUUUCGAGGACCUUGUUGGAGGCCAAUGAUUGUGGCUGUUUGUCUCAAGCUUUGACAGUUGUUGCAAUGUUAUCUGCAGAAACAUCAUUGCUUCCUGGCCCAAGCAAAAGUUUUGACAAGAAGAGGAAACACACACCUUCAAACCUUCCUGAUGGUUAUGGUUUGGGCGAUCAUAUUCAAUUGCUUCAAAUAUACGAGCAAUGGCAUCAGACGGAAUACAACCUAGACUGGUGUAAAGAUAACAACUUGCAGGUGCGAGGGAUGCUGUUUGUUAAAGAUGUUAGAAAGCAGUUAUCUCAGAUUAUGCUGAGAAGUGCUAAAGAGUCAUUGGAGGUUCAAACAAUGAAAAGGUGGAGAACUAAUGAGCAAGAGUAUAAGAAUUUGAGGAAGUCUUUAUGUGUUGGCUAUGCAAAUCAACUUGCUGAGAGAAUGCUUCGUCAUAAUGGCUACCAAACUCUUGGUUUCAAGUCUCAACUUGUUCAGGUGCACCCAUCCUCUGUGCUGAAGACGGAUGAUGAUGGAAUGCUUCCUAAUUAUGUAGUAUAUCACGAACUCAUUGCCACUUCACGUCCUUACAUGCGCAAUGUAUGUGCGGUCGAGAUGUCAUGGGUGUUACCCAUAAUAAGAAAGCUAGAAAACCUGAAUAUCAAGAAACUCAGCGGUGGUCGAUUUUCUGAGCCUGAGAAGGUUUCUGAAGUAGAAAACAGCAGCUCAACAACUACAAGUAUUAGUCUCGCUCAGCUUCCAGAUGACCGGGAUAACAAGAUUCAAGCAGCCCGCGAGCGUUUUCUCGCACGGAAAUCCAUUAAAUAG